GAGUGGGGCGGUGGAGCGGGAGAGGAUGCCCUUUCCAGGGCUGAGUCUAGGGGUGAAAGGUGGACUGUUGCUCGGAACAUUUGACUCCUCAGAAAAGGACGCUUCGAGGAAAGGAACGGAUUGUGCAGACUGAGGUCCGGGUCAGGUCAACGGCUGUCAAAUGAGCGGUGUUGGAGGAGACUUACUGGACAGGACGAGCCCCUGCGGCCCACAGCGGAUGUAACCUGGCAAGGGGUUCAGAGGCACUCUUAGAGGAUCCCUCGUCUGAAACCUGCAGGGCAGUCCAUAUGCCUUGACCUCCCCCACCUCGCCUGUGGUGCGCGUGGGACAGCUGCAGUAGUUUCCUUCACUCAGGAGCCAGGUGGGGUUAAGUAAGGGACUUAAUCCUUCCGGAAAAUCAGGACUGCAACCUGAAUGCAAUGGUGCGACCCCAGGACAGCGGACGUCUGAAGAGAAAGGGGCGCGCUGAGUCACACCCUCACUUCUUUCCUCCGCGAGCUCAGACCCGCCAGCACCCGCACCGGCCAGGUCAGGAUUCACCCGCGGAGGGUCUCUGAAGUCCAGGUGCAAGAUUGGAUCUGCAGGGUUGCGGUACACCAGGCGAGGGUCCUCGGAAAGGACCCGUCGGGUCGGAGUCCGGGUCAGGGCCUGCGCAAGGCUCUGUGUGCCAGAGGGGAGGGGAAGCGGGUGCGCGAGGUGCAGAUCCGCAAAGCAAGCGCCGCACGCACGGGAGAGAUAUCGGGGUUUCACCGAGAGGGUUUGAGGGCUUGCAGCAGGUCCACUGCGCUAAGGCGAGGGCUCGGACCCUCGGCUCUCCCCUUCCCCUGCCGGCCGCUCCCGCCCCCACCCCUCCCCCUUCGCCGCCGCCGCCCAACGUCGCCGCCGGAAAGUUUGCAAGCGGCUGGCUGGGAGCCGGCGCCGACCCCGAUCGCAGCGCCGAGGAGACCAUUGGCUGCCAGCUCCCAGACCCGAGCGCGCUCGAGGACCGCGAGGAGCCCAGCCCUAACCCGAGCGACUGAGCGCACCUGAGGAGGGGUGUACACACCCCCAAGGACCAAGACGUGCAGCCCCCGCCAGAUGUGGGGGGUGGCCACCCGGAGGAAUGCCUCUCACGCAGCCCCACAGCCCCCACCUGCUGCUGCUGCUGCUGCUGUGCCUGCCAAGGGCACCCUCUGCCCAGGUAAUGGACUUCUUGUUUGAGAAAUGGAAGCUGUACGGUGACCAGUGCCACCACAACCUGAGCCUGCUGCCUCCACCUACCGAGCUAGUCUGUAACAGAACCUUUGACAAGUACUCCUGCUGGCCUGACACCCCUCCCAACACCACAGCCAACAUCUCCUGCCCCUGGUACCUGCCUUGGUACCACAAAGUGCAGCACCGCCUGGUGUUCAAGAGGUGUGGGCCUGACGGGCAGUGGGUGCGAGGGCCACAGGGGCAGCCAUGGCGCAACGCCUCCCAGUGUCAGAUGGAUGAUGAAGAGAUCGAGGUCCAGAAGGAGGUGGCCAAGAUGUACAGCAGCUACCAGGUGAUGUACACUGUGGGCUACAGUCUGUCCCUGGGGGCCCUGCUCCUUGCCCUGGUCAUCCUGCUGGGCGUCAGGAAGCUGCACUGCACCCGAAACUGUAUCCACGGGAACCUGUUUGCAUCCUUUGUGCUCAAGGCUGGCUCUGUGCUGGUCAUUGAUUGGCUGCUCAAGACACGCUACAGCCAGAAGAUUGGAGAUGACCUAAGCGUGAGCGUCUGGCUCAGCGAUGGGGCAGUGGCUGGCUGUCGAGUGGCCACAGUGAUCAUGCAGUACGGCAUCAUAGCCAACUAUUGCUGGUUGCUGGUAGAGGGUGUGUACCUGUACAGCCUGCUGAGCCUUGCCACCUUCCCAGAGAAGAGCUUCUUUUCCCUGUACCUGGGCAUUGGCUGGGGGGCGCCUCUGCUGUUUGUCAUCCCCUGGGUGGCGGUCAGGUGUCUGUUUGAGAAUGUCCAGUGCUGGACCAGCAAUGAUAACAUGGGCUUCUGGUGGAUCUUGCGCAUCCCUGUCUUCCUGGCCAUACUGAUCAAUUUUUUCAUCUUUGUCCGCAUUAUUCACCUUCUUGUGGCCAAGCUGCGUGCCCAUCAAAUGCACUAUGCUGACUACAAGUUCCGGCUAGCCAGGUCCACGCUGACUCUCAUCCCUCUGCUGGGGGUCCAUGAGGUGGUCUUUGCUUUUGUGACUGAUGAGCAUGCCCAGGGCACCCUGCGCUCCACCAAGCUCUUUUUCGACCUCUUCCUCAGCUCCUUCCAGGGUCUGCUGGUGGCUGUUCUCUACUGUUUCCUUAACAAGGAGGUGCAGGCAGAGCUGCUGCGGCGUUGGAGGCGUUGGCGGGAGGGCAAAGCCCUGAAGGAUGAACAGACGGCGAUCAGCCAUGGCAGCCACAUGGCCCCUGCAGGGUCGAGUCGUCGUGAUGAUCCCGGGGAGAAACUUCAGCUUGUGAGUGCAGGCAGCAGCAACGGGACUGGCCAUCGUGAACCCUCUGUGGAGAUCUCCUUUGUCAGUAGUUUCUCAGGGUUGGCUCACAGCCACAUCUGAAUCUCCAUUGGAGCCCAGCCAGGCUGGAUUCAGAUUACAGGACAACUCAGGACCAGAUAGAUACCUGGCCAAGGCUGGGGAGACAAUGCAGCUAGACAACAGCUUGCACUAUCCACACUCCCCAAACCUGCCCCGACCCUGGCACAGGCCACACUGAUGGAGUGGGGGUUGAAUGUGAUGGAGAAGUUGUGCUAUAGACUCUGGGCGUCCCCAUGUGCAUUGACAUGUCCCAUGUGCACAGAUAUAUGUCCUUCAAUAAAGAGCUCAACUAGUA